AUGGUCAAGAUUGUUGUCCCCAGCCACUCCAGCCGGUACAUCGUUACUGCUAGUGACCUGGCCAAGUAUCUCAGGAGUCUAUUUGGAGAAGGAUAUGAUUUUCAGAUUGAGGUUCUACCGAAAUGCCAGCCUUCACCUGCAUUCAUUCACUGGCUGACCACAAUUAACAGCAUACCAAUGACCUUUGGCAUUUUGAAAGCCCGAGAGACCUCUCAGAUGAGAAUGACGAGAGAAAUCAUCCGGAUCAACACACAGGUUAUUGAAGAGCUGAUCCAGGAGCAGAACUUGGAGUCUGAGGACGUUUUCUGCGCGGAGCGCGGGUGCUUUCAAGUGACCGAUAUCAGCGCUGGUAAAAUUGAACACUCGAAGAUCGACAACAACGAAAGCUUUUCAAAUUUAUUGCAAUCAAACAAGAUUCGCGGGACUCGGAUCAUCUCCAUCAGCGGGCAAAGCACCAUUUUCAAUCUUGACAUCAGCAUCGACUGGACUGCAAGACUUUUCGAAGCAUACAAAGUCGGCACUGGAUUCUCCCGAACUUUGGUGUCUUUCGGGAAUGGUCCUCACUUUGCUGAGGCGUGUGAUGGAAACGAUCUACUUUGCAAGAGGUCGAACGGCACAUAUACGUUAUCGUACAAAUUGAAUUACAUCGAACCCAACGAUCGGGAUGUCAGCGAGCGUUGGUCUUCGAGACACCUUGGAGUGUACCACGAGCACGGGGCAGAUUUCGAUCUUUACAUUUUGGUGCACUGCAGCAGCAUCUUGGCAGACAUUGCAAAAGACCCCGUGAGCCUCCAUGAUCUCAUAUUACAAAUGUAUGUCCACCACUGGAAGCCAUACUUGAGGUCAUGGGGGAACGAACUCUCAAAAAUGAGUAAUCAAGCUAUGGUAGCCCAGGUCGCGGAGGCUGGUGCCCAAAGCUAUGUCUGGCUGCGCCGGCUCAGGGCGCUGAGAGAUCGGGUGGACUUGGCCUCAGGACACUGCACGAGCAAUCUUGUGGUCAUCCAGUCGAUAAAAAAGAGCAGAAAGACCAAGAUGGAUAACAAGGAUCCCCACACGCUUUCAUCUAUCGAAGGAACUGUCAACAGCUGUAUUAGAAACUCCAGACUCCUGAAAGGCCGCAUUGAUAACACAAUUGAGCUUAUAAGUUGCACUUUGACUAUUCAUAGCCAAGAGGAGACAGCCAGACUUAUCCAUGAACUCAAAGUACUCACGGAGGAAACGAGCAGCGUCACCAAGAAGCUGACCCAGAUCGCCGAGAACUCUGCACACAGCGGAGAGAUCGUACGAGUCAUCACUAUUGUCUCUGCCAUCUACUUGCCAGGCAGUUUCGCCACCUCGGUGUUUGGGAUGAACUUCUUCGAUUUUGUCGAGGGCAAACGACGUAUUGCUGUUGCGAAAGACAUUUACAUAUUCGUGGCAUUCUGGGUAGGACUGACAGUCUUAACCGGCGCAACCUUCUUCUGGGCCUACAUGCGAGGUCGGAAAACACUGAAAAAGGCCGAAGAUACCGCAUUCGAAGCGUUGAGGCAGGACUCCACCAAACUUGCCAGGGGACCUCUGUCAUCGAGUAGUGGCUAUGAAAAGCCAACCGCAAGUAUCAUCUGGUACUGGAAUUGGAUUUCCCGGAUCGGCAAUAACAUGAAGCUGGAUUUGUCACGGCAUACCGAGGUACAUCAAUUGUUGUGA